AGGAAUUUAAUAUAUAUCCACUAUGGAGCAAAGCAAACUGACAGGUUGGGAAAUGGCGGGUAUGUGUUGCUAUGGAAGGCUCUCACAGACCCUCAUGAACCAGAAAGUGCAAGGUUUCUACUGCUGCUCCCCUGCACCCAAUAACCAGAAGAUGAAAACCCAAACUCCCAAAUUCUUGAAAGUUGCUGUGACUGGUGUUACUGAACUCCUUAGGCUCUUCACCUUCUCCUCACCAAUUAAAAGAAACAGAUUGGAGAUAUCUGAUGAUGAAGGGGCUGAAGAACCUUUGGUUUCUAACAUAGAAGAUGUUCUAAAGAUUAUCAAGUCAGAUUAUGAGCAAGCUUAUUUUGUUACAGGGCUCUUCACCAGUGGAAUUUAUGCAGAAGAUUGCAUCUUUGAAGAUCCAACUAUAAAAUUCAGUGGAAGGGACUUGUAUUCCCGCAACUUGCAAUUGCUGGUACCAUUUUUUGAUAGUCCAUCAAUCAUAUUAGAAAAGAUUGAGAAGGGUAAUGAUUCUGAUACAGAAGUCGUAGUGGCAUACUGGAAACUGAGAACAUCCCUCAAACUUCCAUGGAGACCUCUCAUCUCUGUUGAUGGAAAUACAGUCUAUGAUCUAGAUGAACAAUUCAAGAUUGUUAAGCACGUUGAGAGCUGGAACAUUUCUGCUCUUGAAGCCGUUGGCCAGAUUUUUACGCCUGGUUUGAGGAGCUUUAGUGAGUGAAAACUCUACAGAGGAAGGUUUCUUAGCUGAGGAUUCUUUCUAAGAAACUCAUGAAGAAUAGGAUUCUUCUAUUUGAGCCCCAUUGCUUCUCCAACAUAACCUCUCUUCUAUAGCCUAUAGCCAUUAUUCUUGAAUUUGUCAGCGAUAAUUCAGUAGAAACUGUUUCUAGUGACUUGGUAAGAACCAAUUCAAAUGAAUGAGCAAGUCCCAUUUUGAAAAUGUUCA